AUGAAGAAAUUAGCGAGAAAAUGGCGGAGAACUCGUCGCGAAGAAGAUGAUAAGUUCGUCCUUCCGACUUCGGACGACGUCGAUUCUCGGCCUAUCGAUACACAAGAGCAAGAGGAGUACGUUCGGUCGCUCGAGGAAGCUCACGCUCAUCAAAGUCGCCAAUGGAGGCUUGUGUUCGCGGUUCUUCUGAUUUGCUAUGCAGCUUUCCUCUCCUACUCCAUUUUUCAGCAGUUCAUGUCACCAUGGGAAAUGCGGUAUCAUGCCUACUUUAUGGAAGACCUCAAGUCAUGGAUGGUCAUUUCAGCUGAAUGGAUCGCUAUCAUGGCUUGCUGUCUCUCAAUUGUCGGGCUGCAAGAUAAGAAGAAUGAUCAUAGACGGUGGUUCUGGUACUCAUGUGUUCCUGGAUCCGCAUUGACCAUCUUUUGGCUUUAUUACUUGCUGAGGCUUCCAAAGUUCCGGUGGGAUGCAAUCUGGCUUCCAUUUGGGCCACUGUGCGGAGCUGGAACCUGCUUAUACGUGGACCAUCUACUGGAGGAAUCAUCUGAAGAAGUGAAAAAGCUAAGGAACUAUAUGUAUGCAUAUAAAGCAAGGUAG